CAGAGUUAUAUCCUUACUGCCCAAGGACUAUUAACGAAGCCCACAGUUCGCUUGCAAAAGGGUAAGAUGCAUUUGUUUCUUAAUGUAAGUUCGAUUCCACUUUUUAAACCGUAUCGUACGGUUUCUAUCUAAAGAGACCAGUGGCUAUUUUUACCCUUAACUAAGGCUGAAAUGAAAAUUUUUGAAUUUAUACCAUUUAAUUUCUGCUAUAUAUGGAACAACAAUGCUCAUUUCCACCAUUUCUCUCGGUUUAUUGACCGUAAACUCAUUAAUUUAAAAUUUGGUUUCCUGAAUUUCGCUAUUCAAACUCAAAGUUCAGUUCCUAAAGAAAAGUUCAUGGCUUUCCCCUAUCAAAUUUAAAUUUUCAUUGAUCCCAAAUAUACACAGCUGGUUUGGAAUUGCCAUCAUCUUUUACAAAAAAAUUCUACUCAUUGCAAAAUGAUUUCAUUUGCAUACGGCUCUGUUGGACUUGCGAUAAACGUUAAAAAGAUCAUUUAUCGUGUCAGAAGGGAAUAUGAUGUAGUCUAUGACCAGAUGGCGAAUCGUUCAAUUCUGAAGCUCUUCAUAAGCUCAGCAAUGGUUUAAAAUCUGUAAAAUUUUUUUGUCGCCGGUACUGUAGGACACAUCGUCAGUACAUUUUCAAGUGGUGCAGUUCUGACUAUUUUGAUAAGAGUGAAAAAGAAGUAGGAUCCGCGUUCAUCAAAACAGUAAACAUCCCGAAGCAGGUGAAAAGAGUUUGAAAUGCAAACAAAAUAGUCAGUUUUAAAAUAUUCCGAAGUACCGCAUGACAGAGGAAAUAUGCUAAACAUUUUUGUUUCAAUUAUCGCUUGCGAGUUCCGUAGUUGUAAUAUGCAACCGUAUACUUUUGAUUUUUUCGUUCAUAAGAGACUGGUCGUUUUCUUUAAGGAAGGAAUAGGCAAAACUUCGAUGAGAGGGGCAGAGUAAAGUUUUAAUGAAUCCCGGGAGAGUAGUUCACAUAUAUUUUGAAGUAAGGGUUUUAAAAAGGGAGUCCGAUUGAGGAGAAAACUUCUUUAAUUAUCUGAAAUAUUAAUAGAGAGAAAUGGCUGGUUAAAGCUAUUUAAGAUCUUUGUUUUCAGGAUUAAACUCUUGAUUAAAUAGAUUUACAUCCCCUACAAAAAUAAAAUCUUUUAUUGCAUGAUCAUGUAUUUACAAUUGAUGAGCCUAGUCAGGUCAGUAUAUACCAGUGUAAUGUUGGUCAUAAAUUACGUCUUUAUAAACACCUGCCGGUGUAGCAUAAUUUGUUUUUAACUUGGCUAAAACACGACAAUCUAUGAUAACCCAUCUUAAUCCUCCUCCAUUUUUCCUUCCCCCCUCCCCCUCCCCCCGUGUCUCUUACAGUGAUAGCAAAAGCGUGCGACCAAACCGGGAAGAAUUCGAUUAUAUGAGCCAACACAUGGUUAGUCAGUGAAUCAUCAAGAAGUGGUUGACAGGAAAGAACACAGAUGGUCCGUAUCAAGGCACACACCCUUUGUAUAGGUUAUGAGACAGUGUUAUUAAUGUGCAGCUAAAUUGGCCUCGGUUUUCAUUUCAAUAUGUUUAACACGCUAAAAACUUCAGAGCUUCAAACCCUGACCGGUUUCAUUAGCAGCUGUACGGCGCCAUCCGUUCCCUCGAUCGUCAAAACAAUACCACCAUCUACGCGCAGCAUGAGGGUAGCCCAGCGGUACUGAUCAAAGGUGGCUCUCCGAUUAGCUAGCUUGGCGGGUAAGGUAUCUUCAUUUUAACGCAAAUUCAUUGAGGUAUAAACACAUUCUAUUGCAAGCAUACAAAUCUAGCGAGCUCGCGAGAGCAAUAGAACUUUUAUUCAGAAAAAAAAAAUGUCGUGUAGAUUACUAUUGCCAUCAGUAUUCAAGACUCUACUUGAAAGUUUCGGAGAGAGUUCGAGCCGCUUUGGGACGGUACUGAUCAACUGCUGUAUUACGAUGUAAAAAUCGGUUCGGUUCGAAACCUUAUCUGACCGAAGUCGCGUAUGCGACGACGGCGACGGCGACGGCAACGGCAACGGGAACGUCAAAAAAGCCGGGUUAAGAUUAGCAAAACAACAACUUUGCACGUGCAUCACGCUUUUUUGUACAUUUCUUUGCCGUCACAGCACGACCACGGCGUGAAAAUGCCUAUUUUCACGUUUUAUGGAGGACGUAAACAAGCUACUUCGAAAUUUUCUUCAGUUUCUCUUUCUGAACUUGGAUAUGGUUCUUAGGAAUUCAGCUCCGGGAGAGUUCGCCUAAAUUUGACAAAGUAAGUUAAUUGGAACCGUCGCGAUGAAGAUUAAAUGAACGCGAACUCACUUUUUAGGCGAUUCAGUUUUCGCUGCUGUCGCCUUCCUCGGAUCUUAACGUCCCUAUUUAGUAAAAACUCUGACUUCUGACAGAACUAUUCCUACAGUUCUCACACCACGUAGUCUUGCCGCAACUUCUGCAACGUAAGUGAUAAAAGGUAUCAGCUGUGUUCUAAUUCGAUCGUCCUAAGUGCAAGUGAAGCCAGACUUCUCUGUUUACCCUAUUAAAUUUAAGUAUUAUUUACCCAGUUAGGAUGGGGCGAAGGAGUAACUUGCAAAUUUAGGGGAGUGGGGGUUAGGGGAGGGGAGUGAUCUAGCACUGGUUCAGGUCUGGGGAGGGUGGGCUUUGACAUAAUGUAUCAUCACACAGAUGACUUUUCCCGUUGCCCAUCUUAAAAUAGCACGAGUGCCAUGUGAUAGCAAGACUUUUAAAAUAUACCAAUGGGCAAAUGAACAUGUUUGACAGAUGUUCUCGCACAUUUACAUACGGAGACUCAGAUACAGCGCACGAUACAAUCAACUGCAAAAGGAGUCCUUCUUUGCCCAUAAAGGUAGCUUGUAUUGCUGUAAAAUUUCAGACAAAAAACUUCAGUUCCAGUGUAAUGUGAAAACUGUAAGCUUGUAUGUGAAGAUGCCUUUGAGAGACUUUAAUUCUUUCUCUGUCUUUUUAAUGAUUUUUGGGAGCCUUCGUCUUCAUUUAUUUCCUGCUAUAUUCGUCAAACGACAAUGAUCAUGCUCAUCCGUAGCCUCCCACGCAGGCGUUUUUAGGGGCGCUCGUAUGGGGAGGGAAGAAAUACGAGCGCCCCUAAAAACGCCUGCGUGGAAGGCUAGCUCAUCCGUAUCUCUCUUUUUUUUCUCAGUUUCGCAAUGAACUUGUAGCAAUUUUUGUUUUCCUUAACAAGCUCACAGUUUUUUUUCUUUAGGCAAAUUUUAAUUUCAUUUUUAUUGUCUGAUGUAAAUUGCUGGUUCCAGUUUGGCCAGUCGUCCUGACGUAAUUAAUGUAUUAAAAUAAAAAAUAUUUCAUUUACACCAGUAUAACAAGCUGAAUUGCUUUAAAAUCGUUAAAAACCAAGGAUAUAUAAGAUGUAUCUUACUGAGAAUAACUCGUAUAGCUAUACAAGGAGUUAAUAUACUUCUUAACCAAGCAAUGCUUUAGCAACUGUCGAGUACCAGGCUGUUUGAACCAACGUAUAUAAAAUCGUACACUUCAGAGUAUCUCAGUGAUAAAACUAAGAAGUGCCGCAUCGAUCCGUUUCAUCUUACAUGCCAAAUAAUCAGGAAAGGCAGCUGAAACAGUUGAAAUUCAAAGACGACGAAAAAGUGUUGGUCAUAGUUGUUUUUAAUACCGCAAGCAAAAAGGAAAAAGGGAAUUUUUUUGAAAAAGUCAGUAAGAAAAAAAUUUUCUUUUUCUGGCUAUUCUUACAUUGUAACUGAUGAAAUGAGAAGUUAGAGUCAAGUUAAGAUUUUCCUAGUCUCUUUAUUUAAAAGUUUAGGCAGUCCGGAAAUUUUUUUUUGCUCUAUUUUAAAGUUCAUCACGUGAGGCCUGUUAGACUUCAAAGUCAAGAAUUAUAUUUACCACUGAUUGAACUCCCCUGAUAAAAUAAGCGUUUUGGAUACCAAGCAAGUCGGCCUCCCACAAACACACAAAACUACCUAAGAAAAAAUUAUUAUUCGUAAACUCAGUUCCUUUAAGAUUAAAAUCUUUUAAUGUGAGUGCUUGCGUGAUCGACCAUAACACUUGACGAAAAUGACCAAUAUCUUAUUCCUUAAUACAGUCUGUAAAAUUUCCAUAUUAGCGUGGAAUCGUUUUGUCAGAUUAAAGACCACCGAAACCUAAACCCGAUGCAGAAGUUAAGUGUUCAUCUUCCUCAGUCAUUGUAAACGGACUGUCACUGGAUUAGGAAGGGUAUACUAACUGUCUUAUCCAUUUCGAUGACCGGUAGUUUGUAUUGAAAAAAGUAAGUUUUUAAAAAACGUAAAGUUAAAAAAAAUGUCUCUAAAAAGCAAGAACGAGGUAAGAAGAAAAUUUCAGAACUAUGCAAAGUAUGUUUCACUCGGUACCCAUACAAGGCAAGAAAAAAGACUAAGGGCCAGUUACCUAAACGGAGUUUAUAGCCAAUGCUUAACAAAACCGCGUUCUUUGCGUAAGUUUGCCGAACGCUUUUAUGUAAAUACCAUUUAUCGUGGACAGUUUCAUCAAAGUAUAUGGCGUAGACUAGAAAAGGAGUUUUCCUCUAAAAAUAACCCUCUAAGAAAGAGAUCUGGGGGUUCAAACAUUUCUUCACCGCGGUCUAAGUUAGAGUUCGUUUAAAUAACCGGCCCUAAAGUUUAUAGUUUUCGGCUGUCAUGAGCUGAAAGACAUAGUCACUGGACCCAGUAACCAGUAACAUGAUUGCUUUAGUAUUCGAACCUCGAAAAAAAGUUACAGUCGAAGCCCGCUAUUUCGAAGUCCCAAGGGAAAUGGAAAAAAGUUCGAAAUAGCGGGGUUUCGAAAUAACCGAGGAAGCGUAAAGGGGAAGGGUAAAUCCAAGGGAAUUCGAUCUUCCUGCGGAGACUUCGAAUUAACCGAGUUUGAAAUAGCGGGGUUCGACUGUAUUUCCAAUUUAUGUUAUUGAAAUUAAAUUUUUUAAUAAUUAUGUAAAGAAAAAUCGAAAGUUGAUAAGGUUUUCUCGUGUUAUGCUUUUAGUUAGCUUCUGAAGUUCUGAAUCAAUUCGCCUGAAGUUUAAAAUGAAAUACUAGACUUCUUGUUGUUGUUUUUUGUUUGUUUCGUCAUCUUUUUCUGUAUCUAAGGUUAUGUUAAAAGAUUUAACUUUCUGAGCGUCAUUUAAAAUCAGUACAGUUUCCUGUUUAUUUGAUACAGUCAACAUCUUAGUCAUAAGUGGAGACCUAGUCAAAAGCUUAAAAAGUGGACACCUGUAUCAAAAAAUUAAAAAGUUAUAAUAUAAAUGCAAUCUUUUUCCUUUUCCCUUUUUGGAGUUAUUCCGUUCAUUUAUAUAUCCCUCACAUUUAUCGAACGUUUUGUUCUCCAAAAGCUAGUAACCUUUGGUUCUUAAUGUAUAUUCUAAUUCAAUUAAUUAAAUCAUAAAAAUUAUCAAAUGCUAGAUUCGGAGAGUGAACAAUUUUUAACCGAGUAGGUUUUUGCAGAUAUUGUCGGGUGAUUUGUUGCCAAGUAAUUUAUACGUUUUAUCAUUGCAAUGAAGGUAAUGAAAAAUAAUUUUUAAUUAUUGAUUUAUUUCUUUUAGCUGUCCUGAGAAGAGAGAAAUAGGCAACAAAUAACUAAAUCCCGAGAAGCAUGUCAAAUUCACUCUUAUGGCUGAUCAGUUUUUUCUGCUGCCAUAUUGUCACUGGUGAUUCGUCAUGCAAAAAUCAAGGCAGGGUCACGUAUGACAACCUAGGUAAACUACAAUGUCACUAUAUUUAGCUCUAUUUUUUUAAAUACUGUGUUUCCAGGAUAUCUUUUUUCUUUAAAUCACCCGACCCCUCCCUAAAAAGAUAUAAAAAGGAUGGUUCCUAGAUGUCGAUAUCUUUGACAUUGCUUUGACAUUUUUAAUUAUAUAAACGGAAGCUCCGCUUUUAGGCCUGGCUUGAUCCCGUAUAUACUAUAUAAAUUAAAUAUUUAAAAAAAUAAAUAUAAUAAUCAAAAUUAGAAUUUUUCACUCUCAAGAAUAUUUUAAUUUUUACUCGAGAAUGUUAAUAAUUUGCAUGUUAAGUUAAAGUUUCAUUUUUCACUGGAAUGCAUAUCAAAGAAAUCAAAUUAAAUAAUGAAAAUCUAAUGGAGAAUGGAAAGAAUUAGAAAUGUAUGAUUAAAGAAUAAAGAAUUUUUACUAUCUCAAAAAUUAUAAAUCUAUCUCGAGACUCACCUAAGCUUUUUUCACUUGGCACAGGGGAUUGCAGUAACCAUUGUGAACAUCAUAUCGUACCAAAUGACGAUCUGAGAUCUUAUAGUUGUGACAGGAAUAAAGAAACUGAGAUUCCAAUAUUCCGUGGAGUUUAUACCUUUCCGGUGGACCCAAUUCCACGAAAAAAUUGUUUUGACGAAGAAGCGAUGCAAUUUCUUCAGGAUGGGGUAAGCAAAAUAAAACCUAACCCCAGCCCAGACUCCCAGCCCAGCUUGUGUAUCAGGCGCAGGACAAAUUUGGGGCAUGUCCUCGAGGAAGGAUCGGAGAAUAGGUGCCACAAUGCGCAACACUAAUAUUUCUUAUUCGUUGGUCACUCAAGCUAGAUUCGAGUCGACUCGACUUAUAUGAGGAAGCUUUUUUUUAGGAAAUGCCUGAUGGUUUUCAAGUUAGACCUGAAUUUGUCUGCUUUUGCUGAAGGCUCUUCAUAUAACAAAAACUUUAACUCUUGCUUGACAUACACUUGCAACAAUUGCUUGCACAUUGAUACCCAGUCAUUCCACAGGGGCGGAUCUAGGGGGAGGGUGCAGGAGGUGCAUACGCUUCCACCCCCCUAGAUGUCCUGUGGCUUUCUAAUUCAACUGGUAUUCUGCAAAAAAAACUAUGUAGCUUAUUGGUGUUGAAAUAAAACAUGAGACGAGGUUGAAUGAAGAACUUAUGUUAAACGCCAUAAACAUGGUAUUUUGUCACGUCAUAUCACCAGUCAGUUACGCCAUUCCUUAGUGGUGCACCCCCUCCUAAGAAAAAUCCUGGAUCCGCCCCUGUUCCACCUUUUAUACUACUACAUGAGACAUUUCUGCAAUUUGAUUGGCUUAGAGCAGUGGUAUUUCAGCUUAAUUUAAAAUACCUACAUCUGAAAAUUACAAACCUUUUGCGGGUAGUAGUAUAAACAAAUAAUAGCGUGAUUUGUACGUGAUAUUUGGCAUAAAUACCACGCUCGUGAUAUUUCAAAAUUGUCUCAAAUUUAAAUGACAAUGAACAAUGAAAUUACGUAUAACAAUUUCGAAAUAUCACUCGUGGUAUUUAUGUCAAAUAUCACUACUAAUCAUGCUACUACCUAUACAAAUAGCUUGAAGUAUAAUUUUUUUUUGCAGUAUCCGGUGGUUCUUGAAAACUGCACGUUUCACAAACCAGCUAUGAAAUGGACCGUAAAUUAUCUCAAGGAAAACUUGAAAGACGAGGAUCACACAGCAUAUUUUUCGAAAGACAGGUAAACUGUAGGCUCGAUUACCAGCCGCUGUUCGGGAAAAUAUGCCCAGUUAAGAAAAGAUUGAUUGUAAAGCUAAUAAGCAGAAACUUUAAACAACUUGAUACCCUUCCUUAUGAAGAGUUCAUAUGUCACGAGACUACAGUAGGAUACGACAGAGAUUAUACGUUUUUACAGAAAUAAGCUGAAGCUUAUAUAGUGAAUGAAGAGAACCCUACAUUUAACCCAGGCGGCUGCAUGAUCAGCCAGCUUUGUACAAGGAGGAGGAGAUUAUUGAAUAAUCUGAGAUAAUCUAUUCAUUUUCUUCAACAUCAGAAUAUUCCUUUACUAUGACGACGACCGAAUCAAGGGAGCGUUCAAGGAGUGGCACCCACCUACGAAAAGGAUGUUGAUGUACUUUACGAAUUUUUCAGAAUUAAUGGAUGAGCUUGAAACAGCUAACAAUGGGAGCCGCGCUUAUUUCCAGGUAUGGCAAAGGCAUCUAUCUUAGACCUUAGUUGAUAAAGAGUGUUCUCUUGAUCGUAUAUAUGUUGGCGACAAUAAGAUUAAGGACAUCAAGGAUUGCAAAUGGUUCAAAUGUACUUUUGUGGGCUCAAUUUACAUCUUCAGCUCAAACUUUCUUUUCCUUUUCAAACUCAUUAACUUAGUUUACCAUAUAUGCAUACCCAGAAAGAAAGGAAUAUAAAAUUUGAUUUAACCACAACAUAAAUUUAUUAUAACCCUUUGUGUGCCUGAAAAGCGACCUCGUCAAUUUUGUAGAUUUAAUCUGAAUAUGACCUUUCCAGCACUGUUUAAAAUUGCGGUCAUAUUAAUACUGGACCACUGGUACUCCCCUUUUUCUAUGUGGUAGUCCAGUUCAAGAGUCCAACAUUGGGAGCUCACUGUUGUGAGACAAGGCAUUAAUGGUACGCUUCUAUUGGUCACUUAGUAUAAAAUGAUAGGAACGCUAUUGAACACGUGCACGGUAAGUACUAAAAAGCUAACAAAAACAUAUAUCGCUCCUUAUAAGGGAAUCGGAAUUAUAGAAUCCUGGACUUUGGAAUCCGGAAUACAGCUCAAAGAUUCCGGAACCCCACUAACGAUUGGAAUCCAAAAUUCAAUUUCCUUGAGAAAGACUGAAUCCAGUACAUGGAAUCCAGAAUCUUGGAUUCCCUUAUAGGAGACGACAUGAAACAAAGAAGUCUUAUCAGUAGGCUGCAUAUCGAUCACCAUAUCUUCUGUGACGGACGUACUUUAACUCUGUGUUUUUGCAUUAAUAUAGUCAUUGGUGUACCUUCAGGAUGGUGUGAGUGACUCUUUGUGGAAAGAUGUAAAUUCUUUCAACUACAGUUUUUUGCUUGACCUUGUAACGCGCUUGAACUGGGGCGAGGACGUCUCUAACUUGCUAUUGGUUGGAAUGCCGGAUGUGGUUACACCUGCGCACUUUGACAUCUUGGAAAAUCUUUAUGUCCAGGUGGGUAAUAGUCCAGUUUCGAGGAACCUCGUGGUCCCUCCCAUUUUCCAAGGGCAAAUCCCUGGAAACGAGCUGAAUUUUUAAUUCGCCGUGACCGCUGAGUGAAAGAACUGAAGGGGCACUUUGACAGGGUUAGCCCGCAUCUGAAAUGGAUAUAUUGACAAAUCCCAGCGAGGAGAUAAAAAAUGUUUACAACUCUAAAUACAAAAGGGGCUAUUAACGUAUUUAAAAUUUUACGGCCAGAACGUUUAGAACCAAGUCCCUUGUACUACACACGACACGAGAUGUACGUCAUCCGAUUUAAGGUUUGAAUAUUCCUUGAUGUUCAAUGUCUGCAGGGUGAAGACUCUUUUUUCAAAUGUCAAACGGGCUGGUGAUGCAACCAAAAUCAUGCAACUUUGACAGAAAAUACCAGCGAAAAUAGUGUACCUCGCGUUUCAAUUGAUUGGAAUGGAGUUUAGUCAUAGCACAUCAAAAGGCAAAGAAACGAAGAAAAAAAAGAGAGAAACUAAAGAAAAGAAAAGAAAGAAAGAGGAACGACAAAUGGAAAGAAAGUAAAGCGAAAAAUAAAAAAAAAAUUGCCUUCUGCAAAUGCAUCAGGAAUGACAGCGAGCCUAGUUCUCGACUUGUAAACAGAGCUUUGUCUUAUGGUUUUGUUGAAAAGCCAGAAAACGGCUUUUUAACGAAAUCUUCUGCGCUUGAAAUGAUGACAAAACUGAAAAGGAACCUAUGGACGUAGCCCUAAACGACAGAAGUUAAAUCGUAUCCUGCCCAGGCAAUACCGUUUCGAAUGGUCACGGCUAUUACUUAUUUAACUGUAAAACUGAGUGUUAAGUAAUAAUAAAAAUAUCUUUACCUGCAGAUCUUUGGAAGGAAAAGAGUUAUUCUGUUCAGUCCAGAUUAUUUUCGUUCUCUUUACCCUUAUCCUGUGGGACAUCCUCACGAUCGACAAACUCAGGUCAGAAUAUUUUAAAUAUUCAUCAGCUUUUAUGCUCUAAUCUUACGGUGGUGUUGAUUGGAAAUAAAGGAACCGGUUCUUAAGGACAAAAUUGUGUAAAAGUUACACAUGGUCUGAAAUUAGGAAUCAUAUCAAACACGAUGUAAAUUUUUUUGUCAAACGUGUUUCGUCCUUGGUAAACUGGUCUAAAUUCAGCGUAAGCCCAUAGCGUUCACGGUUCGGUCAAUCCUGGACUCUACCGUGAGAUGUAACGUCAUCAAGAGAGAUUCGACCACCCUUUCCCAGACUUCGUGCGGAAAAUGGAGCAUGAGGAGCGCCUAGGGACCAGGUUGGUCUGAUGCCAGGUCUAAUGGUCUAAUUCCAGUGCAAAGUUCUCCCCACCGACCCCCCAAAGCUGUCUCGCAGAAGAUUUUUCGUUUUACGACCAUCGCAUUCCCGUAAUGAGUCGGCUUGAUUUGGUCAGUAUGUUAGCUAGAAGGAAAGGCUUAUUGUUUAAAGCUUGUUGGGCAAAUUUAGAUCUGUCUAUAUGGAUUCAACAAAUGCCGUCGUACAUGUGUUUAAUUCAAUCCGUUAAUCGCUAAGUAUGAGGGUUUGGAUGUUGAAAUGCUCUCAAAAAUAUUUGUUCUGUUCGACUACGAAAUUCACCUCUUUCUCUAUGCAGGUGAACUUUGAAAACCCGGACCUGAGCAAGUUUCCUCGAUUUAGUGAGAUCAGGGGCAUGGAGGUAUCCCUUGAACCAGAUGAAGUACUUUACAUUCCAAACUACUGGUGGCAUUACAUCGAAAGCGAAAGUCACAGGUAACUCUUCCGCGGCGUUAGCUCAUGAUCAGUUAUCGCAAAUGCAGCUCUCUGUUAUAGUGUGGGGUUAGAGGGUGUAGAGUUCAUGCAUUCUUGGUGCUCCUGCCUUCCAGGGUUAGUCAUCAUGAAAACUGGUACAUGCUCUAAUCACACCAAGAGACAUUGUGGUCUUUGAAAUUUCAAGAAUAAACAUCGGAAGUAUGUGGCAAAACAUCGCUCAUGAUUUUAUUGUGGGUGUUCGCCCAUUCGAUUCCCCUAAAACCUGGCCGUUUCACUUGUCCAAAAUUUUCUUGUGGCUCUUCAAACAAAUAUUAAAACUUUGGAUUCGUGGAAGAGAUUUGAUAAUUUUUCGUCGCAGUUUCUUAGAAACUAGAUAGACACCCUGGAAAGUUUCUUUGUGUACUUUAUUUUUUCCACCAAAAGAGGUUGCACUGCUAUCUUUACUGUUCGAUCGAGGUUAAGCCCUCCCAAUCACAAAAUGAUAAAACUUCUAACAUUUGAUAACUUGGUUGUUUCCUCCACUACGACAUUCUCGCAAAAACCCGUAGUAGUAGAAUGACGACGGCCAUCACGUUUUUCCUCCAAAAUGUCGCUGGUUCACGCGCACUCACUAUUUUGUAUUGAGGAAAUCUCGUUCUCGCAGUCGUGCUGGUCAUAGAAUCUUAAGGUUUUGUUUUGUUUAUAUUGUGAACUGCAAAGAGAUCAUAAUAGGACCUAUUAUGAAUUGAUGAGACUGUCCCUCAUGGCCUACUUGAUGUUAACAAUAGGGCCAUUUAUACGAGGAAAAAUAAGACGCGUCUUACUUAGGACGCGUCUUAAAUAAGACGCGAACUUUCCGUAUAAACGGCACAUUUCGUCUAAAAUAAGACGCCGCUUAGCUAAGACGCGUCUUAUUUUAGAACAACCCUUAACACCUGCUCUUAGGUAAGACGCGUCUUAGCUAAGACGAGAAAAACUUCGUAUAUAUGACCUUCGCGUCUUACAUAAGACGAGAACCCAUAGUACGCAUGCGUUAAUUUUUGGCGCGCCAGGUUGGAUUGACGUUGCUACGGGCAACAUUCACAUGAAAACGAGUCAAGAACAGAAAUAAGACGCAAACCAUUUAUACGAGCUGUUCUCGUCUUAGAUAAGACAUGCUCGUAUAAAUGGUACAGUUCUUGUCUUAUUUAAGACGCGUCUUAGGGACCAGUCAUAAUUUAAGUUGGAGGGGGAGGAGAAAUUGGGGGCCUUCAAUUGUUUUUGGAUGGAAUAUGGGGGGCCUUAAAAUGCCAAAAGAUGACCUGGGGGGGUCUUCAAGUUUCUUUUAAGUAGCAUCCCUACUGAGCAGCAUGAUGUUUGAGUAUUAAAGGACCUGAUUUUGAUUCAGUUUUACACAAAGUCCUAUAUUGUGUAAUACUAAAACAAUUUAAUCAGCAUUUUUACAAAAAGAUUUAAUGCUCAAAUAGUAGGUGCAUCAACACAACAUCCAUUGUUGUGUAACACUGAAACAAUGUCAUCGGCAUUUUAACAUUUGAUUACAUGCAUAAAGUCAUGUCAUGCAAUCUCACUAUCCGAAUCAUUAUUUGUAGAUGAGGUUGAUGCGGACUCACUGACUGUGUCACCGUCAAGUUUUUCGCUAUUAGAGCAUGUACUGCUCAUAUAAAAAGCAGUAAGCUUUGGCUGAUUAUCUUCUUUCUUCCUUGAAGCGGUCCUGUCGGCCUCUCACCUUUCGAUGGCUUGUGUUAUCUCAAUUAUAACACAAUCACUGAUAUAUCCUUGCUCUAUAAGCUGUUUGAGAGGCUCUAGGUGAAAUCUCUUUCUCAGUUUAGUAUGAAGUGCUUCUCUGUUGUUAGUUGGCACAUUCGGAAGUGACAGUGAGUAAGAACGGUAAAGUAAAGAAAAUGUUAUUUGUUAUUACCAUUUGGGUAUUAUGUAUAAGAAAGGGGGGCCCUUAAAUCUUUUAACAUGAUUGAAGGGGGGGUACCUAAAAACAUGGGUGCUAUUAGUGGGGUCUGGAAAAAUUUGGAAUAAAAACAAUUUCUCCUCCAACCCCCCCCCCCCCUCCCCCCCUCCAACUUAAAUUAUGACCGGUCCCUAAUAUUUUUCCUCGUGUAAAUGGCCCUAUUCUUGUUCUUCUUUCUAGUAAAACCAUAUCAAUGAAUUUCUGGUUUGAUGCAAAGAACGAUACCAAAACAAAAAGCGAUAACGCCACUGAGAAGGUGGAUACCUCAAGUGUUCAACUGGAAACUGGCGAAGACCAACAAGAAGGUGGUAGUCUUAAAACUGAUGGAGAUGAUGGAAAGGAAACGCAGUCAAACGGCGAUGGUGCGCAUGCGCUAAGUGAAUCCGAACAGAAUAAAGAUACACAUCCCGAAGGCCAAGUUAAGAUCGACGAUCGAACGAAAGUUAGUUCUGAAGAAACAACCACAGAACCUGAAGCAGAAAAAGAGGAAGCAGUCGAAGAAGAUGAAAAAGAGAUCGAGUUAUCUGCAAGUCAAUAUCUAGCACUUCUGAGGGAAACGGAGACAUCACUCUUCAAAGCUACUUUCAGCCACAAGAAGGUACUCUCGUUCAGAGCACUUUUUGACAGUUUUUAAAAUUUUUGAAAGGGCAAAAGAAUAUAGUUCAAUUAUACCAUUUUUUAGAUGUUUGAAAAUCCUAGGAGAGGGCAGGCAAGCAAGAAAUGUUACAACCGAAAAUUCUAGAUCUCAAAUCGUCUUCCGAACAGAUAUUUUCCGAAAAUUGUCGUUGGGUGCCCCUGUGAAUUGGAGGAAAAGGAAAAUGUCUGAUGUUGCCAAAAAAAGAUUUUGCAUUUGUUUAUUCUGACCCGGCUUCGCGAUAAAAUAAAUAUCAUGAUCAGCGAGGAAAAUCAAAGGGAUUUUUGCCUUGACUAACGGUGGAUUUCCCCUGUCGCGUAUUUUUUCGAGCGCGCGCAAGUACGCAAAUUUUACUCUCGUAAAUAAAAUAGGGGUCCUUCUAUGCAUUGCCUCUAUAUUAUUUAGGCGCGUGAACUUAACGUGGGUACGCACGAAAAAAUUACCCAACAAUGGAAAUCUGCCUUAACUGAAGCCAUCGAGGAAAAAAAAAGCGUUUUAAAGAUCAGAUGGCGGAAGUAUGGGAGACAUGUCGAAUUUUCUGCGAUUGGGCGAGCGGCCUUGUCGGUGUUGUGUCGAAUUGCACUGUGCAACUGUUAUGGGGCGCGAAUUUUGAUUCAGUUUUCCAGUUCUGCGCAACCUGGUAAAUCCUCUGGUCGUAAAAGCCAAUUAAAGAAGCGCUGGCGUCUUCAAUACUGUCGUACGCCACUUGCGUAGGUAUUACAGCUUUCCCAAGAGAAAUUGAAAAUAAUGCAUUUGCAAUUUUUUUGGGGGGGGGAGGGGGAGGGGGAAGGGGGCAAAUAAGGUGCAUUAUGGGAGACGUGCGAGUAGCGUAUAGUGCAAUUCGGCUAAUAUGACACAUUUCUUCCAGUUUUACGUUGAGAAGGAAAAGCACAAUUGCCACUUAUUACUUGCGGUCAAACAAUUUGCGCGCAAAGAAGAACGUCAAACUGAACCAGAUUACGCUUUUUAAAACUUUUAGUAGCCAUAAAUAAUUUUAAUAAUGGUAGGACGAAUGGCUAUUUAACUUAUACUGACUUAUACUUCCUUAUUGCUUACUUACUGAGACUUACACAGUUUUGCUGUCUUUUUUUUCAGGUUAAGCAAAUUUUGGAAGAUCUGCUUUCAAGACGAUUCGAUUAUAUCAAGGAGCUCUACUAAAAUAGACAUCUAAAAUUCAAGAAGUAAAUCAAAGAAAUCGUUAGUUUGAAAAAAAUAAAAAAAUAAACUAAAGAACGUUAACAUAAAUAGAGGAUAUUACACGGUUGCACGAAGAUAUGAAUUUUAUUUUCGAGCGGCGCGAGUGAAUAAAAUAUUGUUUUUGCCUCGAGAAAAUAAAAUUCCUAUCUUCAAGCCGCCGUAUAAUGUUCUUCUUAUUAUAUAGACAAACGGACAUCGAUAAAAUAAUAGAGGGAAAUUAUCGAAAUUGCGUCAUCGAUAAACUCACGUGUGAGAUUAUGGAAAAUAAACCACUCAGGUCCCGGAUGUAGUUUUUAUGAAUGGUACGAGUGGUAUAUUUUCCAGUAAAACACUCGUGUCUAUAUAAUAAAUAAGAAUAAACUAUAUAAAACAACCUUGAGCUGGAACCAAUGCGAAAAGUUCAUCAUUUUUCGGUAUCCCUUGACACAUUCAAGUUACUUAAGUGCUAGUGAUGCUGUGAAGAGUAUCGCUUAGCGUUCAGUGAAACAAUGAGUUGUUUUUUUAUUGCUUGAACAUGUAAUUAUCAACCAGCGGAUUUAUCAUCGGGUAGCCUAGGAGCAAGCUCUCCGGGGCGCUCUGUCUGGCAGCGGGGCACCCCGCCACCAGAGCGCCCCGGAGAGCUUGCUCGCAGGCUAUCAGCGGGGAGUAAAAAUAGCAAUACCUCAGUCCAAUGAAAUAAAACAUACCGAGGAAUGGAUGGCAGAACAUGGGGAAAAAGUGAUAAUUCUUGACAGACUUGUAGCUUCCAAAGAAGCUUUUUCGGCUUUGCUUUGGCGGAGGUGAGGUGGGAUUUCCCUCCCAAGUUUCUUUCCCCACGUCACCAGAGAGAGAUCGUCCGAGAAGCUUCUUGCAGGCUUCGACAGUUGUUGUUUUACUAUUAUUACGUGACCCUGGCUUGCCGAAUACAUUCAUGAAAUUAGAAAUAAG